AAAUGGUAAUCAAGAGAUUUAGUACGGUGCACAUUCUUUGAGAACUUGUUUACAAAUCAAAUUGUUUUUCGUUAAUAUUAUCUUUUUUGUUUAAAAGUACUAAAGUAUUGAUUUCAACAAGAUGUCUAGUCGAGCAUUCAUGCUGCUAGGUCAAGUAAUUCCAUGUGUUAAGCAAAAUGCGUCAAAAAUUCGUGUCCGUCGAAUGGAUCUAGACACUAAUCUCAAUAUGUACUUUAAAAAAGAAGAGUUCUAUUUUGUGCACGACCCUAACAAGACCUGCAAAACUGGCGAUAUUGUACUAAUCAAAGAGCUGCCACAAAAGUUGACCAGAUUGAUAACCCACUCGGUUGAAGAUAUUGUGUACCCAAUGGGAGAUGUGACUGAUCCAAUAACAGGAAAAAAAGUUACGGCCGGCAAGUAUCGUGACGAUAUUGAAGAUGCAAACAACUUAUUUGGCAAGUCGAGUGAAGCAUUCGACUACGAUAAGGCGCCACCGAGGGGCCGACUAGAGGGAACUAGGGACUUUACACACGGUGAAACUUAUAUAAAAUAUCAUGAGGAUGGACAGGAUCAGCCGUUUGCAGUAUAGGACUUGCGUCAUCAUAUACAUAUUCCAGUUUAAACUUUAAAUUAAAGCUUAAGCACUAGCAAUGAAUCACUUUAUACAACUUUUUUUGUAACAAGAGAACGUUUAAAACAAACAAGACAAGAUGAGGAAACCGUGAA